AUGGCGCAAGCACUUGAGCAGCUUAGUGUAGCUUGUGGUGACCAUGAUGAAGGAGAAGAUCAGGAAGCGAGAGAAAGCGACCACCAGCUUUCUCCUUGUUUCUCCCCUGGCACAGCGGUGGCUGGAGCAAACCAAGGAUUGCAGCAGCUCAGAGAAGGCCAUGAGAAUCAAAUGCAUUGCACUUCAGCAUCGAAUGCACUGCUUACCUGGCACACACAGAGGGGUAAUAUUGUGCAAGCAUGGAACUGUUUCUCGGCAAUUAAAGAUCGAAAUGUCAUCACGUGGACAUCUUUGUUAUCCGCAAAUGCCAAAACAGGGCAUCUUGAGCUUGCAAAGCGUACUUUUGACAAGAUGAGCCAGCAAAGUGUCGAUACAUGGAACGCAAUGCUCAGUACAUUUUGCAGGGGCGGGAUGACGCAAGAGAUGGUGCGAACAUUCCUUGAGAUGCCGGAGAGGAACAUCAUUUCCCACACGACCAUGAUCUUGGGAUAUGCCCGAAACAGGCAUCUGGGCGCUGGAAUGGCCGUGUUUGAGGCUAUGCCGAGUUGGAAUGUGGUCUCUUUCACCGCGGCAUUUCAGGCAUUCGCAGAGAACUCUCGAGGCGAAGAGGCAAAGACGAUCUUUGACACUAUGCCGGAGCGAAGCGUCGUCGCGUGGAACGCAUUAGCAUCGAUGUAUGCCGGGAAAGGGCAAAUGGAGUGUUCGUGCGCGGUACUAGAUCGCAUUCCCCAGCUAGGAGCAGUGUGCUCCACAGCAGUGGCUGUGGCACUUGCGGCUUGCGGUGAAAUUGAAAAGACCAAACAAUUAUUCUGCUUGAUGCUGGAGAGGACGAUGGUCUCCGUGACGGCAAUGAUCCAAGCAUAUGCCCAGAACGGGCAUAUGCAAGAAGCGCGGGUGCUGUUUGAGUUGAUGCCCGAGCGGGAUAUAAUUUCUUGGAAUGCGAUGACAAAACUUUUUGCGGAUCAAGGUCUGCUGGUAGAAGCGAAGGUCGCAUAUGAUAGCAUGCCUGAGAGGGACGUGCUUUCGUGGAACGCACUCUUAGCGGCAUUUGCCGAAACUGGGCAUUCGUCCGAAGCUUGCAAGACGUUCGAGCUCAUGCCAAAGCACGACGCAAUCUCUUGCAGCUACAUGGUAAUCACUUACGGGGAAACUGGGAGAAUCGGCGACGCACAGCAGCUUUUCAAUAUUAUGCCCGCACGAACACUCUUGUCGUGGAGAGCAAUGAUUGUAAACUUUGCCCAGAGCGGGCAUCUGGCACAAGCCCAGCAAAUGCUCGACCUCAUGCCAGUGGUCGAGCUUCUUUCCUGCAGCGCUGUUUUAGCAGCGUAUGCCCACCUCGGGCAUCUCAAAAGAGCCAAAGCCGUGUUUACAAAAAUGAUAGACCACGACGUCGCCUCAUGGAAUGCUUUCCUUUCAGCAAAUGCCCGCUCGGGGCAUAUUUCCUGCGCGGCAGAACUCUUUUCCACAAUGAGUCUCGAGGGCUUCCUCGCGAAUCCAAUCACCUUUGUGGGUAUUUUGCUCGGAUUCGGGCACGCGGGGAUGCUAGACACCGCACUGAGACACUUCCAUUCCAUGUCCCCCGACUUUGCCAUCACUGCAUCCAAGGACCACUUCUGCUGCAUGGCCGACGCCCUCUGCCGCGCGGGCAGGCUGGCCGACGCCGAGGAGCUCGUCCAAAGCAUGCCCUUUGCGCCGGACGAGAUUGCGUGGGCGAGCCUGCUGGGCGCGUGUAGGAGCUACGGCGACGUGGAGCGUGGCAAUCGCGCGGCCGGGAGGCUGCUGGAGAUUGGAGACAAGUCGUGCUUCUUGCAAUACCAGUCCUUCUAA